AUGUCGCUUCCACUUCCACAAAUAAUUCCUUGUGGUACGUACACUAUCGUUCUUGGUUCCUUCCUCUUCCAAUCUCAAUACAUUGCCCAAGAUCUUCUCCAACUUCUUCCAACGACUUCAACUUUUGUCAUUCUCACCGACGCAAACGUUGGUCCCCUUUAUGCCAACCCCCUUUACACUCAAUUAACAACCUUAUUACAAGCCCCUCCACAUGUCACACGUCGGGUCUUCCUCCAUACAAUCCCACCAGGUGAAACUUCCAAGUCUCGUGACAUGAAGACCAAGAUUGAAGACGACGUGUUGUUCCCUAAUCGCUGUCAUCGGGAUACGUGCGUCAUUGCUGUUGGAGGGGGAGUCGUAGGGGAUUUAGCGGGAUACGUCGCGUCGACGUACAUGCGGGGUGUCCCUUUUGUGCAAAUACCGACGUCUUUAUUGGCUUGUGUGGAUUCCAGUAUUGGGGGAAAAACCGGUAUUGAUGUCGCUGCUGGAAAGAAUCUAUUAGGGGCGUUUCAUAUGCCACAACGUGUGUAUAUUGAUCUCAAUGUACUGCAGACGUUACCAAAACGGGAACUUAUCAAUGGAAUGGCUGAAGUGAUUAAAUCAGGAGCAAUUUAUAAUCCUGAGCUUUUUGAGCUCUUGGAAACAUCAGCUGAGACAAUGCUUACACUAUCGGAUAUGGACGUUGUACAACGUAUUGUGGCACUUACGGUACAAGUGAAAGCUACAGUUGUGACUGAAGAUACAAAAGAGAUGGGACUACGUGCGAUUCUCAACUUUGGGCAUAGUAUUGGUCAUGGAAUUGAGGCAUUAUUGCAACCAGAAUAUCUUCAUGGAGAAUGUAUCUCCAUGGGCUGUCUCAAGGAAGCCGAGAUUGCUCGUGGGAUGGGCAUUUGUACUUCAGCAACUGUUGGUCGACUUCGUCGCUGUCUUACUGCCUAUGGUCUUCCAGUACGUGUACCCGACCAUGUAACAACACGUGAUGUCUUGGAGAAAAUGGAGAUUGACAAGAAGAACAGUCAAGGGGUCAAGAAGAUUGUACUGCUGGAGAAAAUUGGCAAGGUAUUAGCCAAUCCAUACGCACGUGCCGUGAAGGAUCAUCAGAUUGAGCUCGUGCUGGAAAAGCAAGUCUGCAUGGUGCCGGGUGCAAAAGCUAACGGUACAAUUCGUGUCCCUGGAUCCAAGUCUAUUUCAAACCGCGUGCUGCUCAUGGCCGCUCUUGGCAAGGGUCCGUGCCGCAUCACCGGACUUUUGCACUCGGACGACACGCAGGUCAUGAUGAACGCGCUGCAAAAGGUUGGCGCCAAAUUUUCAUGGGAGGAUAAUGGUGCUGUGCUUGUCGUGGAAGGCACGGCAGGAGAGUUUGUCACUGUGCCCGAUGGGGAAGAGAUCUACCUGAGCAAUGCUGGCACGGCUGCACGGUUCCUCACGAGCGCGAUGACUCUGGUGCCGAGCGAGCGCAAUGGCGCGGUGAUUAUCACGGGUAAUCACCGCAUGAAGGAACGUCCGAUAUCUCCGCUGGUGGAUGCGUUGCGCGGAAACGGCUGCGAGAUUGUAUAUAGUGAGAAUGAAGGGUUUCUACCGCUAGCGAUUCGUGGCACUGGUCUGCGUGGUGGGACCAUUCGUCUUGCAGCCGAGGUCAGCAGCCAGUACGUGUCUUCUGUACUUAUCAGUGCACCGUACGCCAAGGAACCGCUCGUGCUGGAGCUUGAAGAGGACGAGCCGACUUCGCUGCCGUACAUUCUUAUGACGACACAGCUAAUGAAACAAUUCGGCAUUGCGGUGGAAACGCUGGCUCCCAACCGCUACCGUGUACCUUGCGGCAUAUACGAAAAUCCCAAAGAAGUGUCUGUGGAGGUGGACGCAUCGUCGGCCACAUAUCCGCUUGCGUUCGCCGCUAUUACGGGCGGACAGGUGACAGUGGAAGCUCUUGGCAACACAAGUCUACAAGGCGAUGCCGCUUUCCACACUCUGUUGCGAUCGAUGGGAUGCACUACGACCCAAGACGCUACGUCGACAACGGUGACUGGACCGCAGGACGGGUCGCCUCUCAAGGCCGUGACUAUCAACAUGGAGACUAUGACGGACGCAUUCAUGACAGCUGCUGCCCUAGCUGUUGUGGCUGAUGGCAUUACUGAGAUCACUGGCAUUGCUAACCAACGUGUGAAGGAGUGCAAUCGCAUUGAGGUGAUGGUGACGGAGCUGCGUAAGAUUGGUGUGGAGUGCUGUGAACUGCCCGAUGGCAUUCGAAUCACGGGCACGGCAGGCAAGACUGACCAUUUGAAAAAAGCUUUUAUUGCAUGCCACAACGACCACCGCAUCGCCAUGAGCUUUGCAGUCCUUGGCGCUGUAGUGAACAAUGUGAUCAUUACCGACAAGGAAUGCACGGACAAGACAUAUCCGGAGUUUUGGGACCACUUGCAGAUGCAUCUUGGCCUCCAAGUCGUGCCUGUUGUCGAGAAAACGACUGGCGACAGUAAAGGUGAAAACACGAUCCCUGGUGUGUUUUUGAUUGGCAUGCGUGGUGCUGGCAAAAGCUCAUUGGCGAAGGCGGCGGCCGCUGCACUAAAGCUGAAUCUGCUAGAUACGGACGAGAUGCUGGAGAAAGAACUUGGUGAGUCCAUAGUAGACUUUGUCGCUCGCUACAACAACACGUGGGAAGCCUUUCGCGAAAAACAAAAGGAUCUGCUACUGCGCCUGAUUGCGAACCCACCUCCUGCUACCAUUAUUUCUUGCGGCGGCGGUGUUGUGGAGUCUCCAGAGAUCGUGGACGCGCUUGAAAAAUACUUGUACGUUGUCCACGUACGUCGCGAUAUCAAGGAUGUUCUGUCGUACCUGGACUCCUCGGAGGAGUCGCACCGUCCGUCACUGGGAGACAGUCACGCGAAUGUUUGGGCACGGAGGGAACCUCUGUACCAGCGCAGCUCUUCAUUUGAGUUCGUCGUAAACGCUGGUGACGUAGACUACCCUCGUAUCAACCGCGACUUUGUGCGCUUCCUUUCCGUUAUCACCCCCGGUCUGCCCACAAGCUUCGACUACCGCUCAUCAUGUCGCUCGGAUACGUUUUUCUUGUCGCUUACUUUCCCUGACGUGAACGACGCUCGCCCAAUCAUCAAUGACAUCUCUAAGGGUGUCGAUGCGCUGGAGUUGCGCGUGGAUCUGUUGAAGUUUCCCGAGGACACAAAGUUUGUGACUGCUCAAGUGGCACUUCUUCGUGCGCUUUCAACUCUCCCUGUGAUCUUUACAGUGCGCUCAAAAAACCAGGGUGGUGCCUUCCCGGAUGGCGAGGAGCACACGCAGAAGAUGUUCGAGCUGCUUCAGCUGGGUGUUCGCCUGGGCUGUGAGUUUGUGGAUAUGGAAAUGGGCUGGUCGCGUAAGGCGCGUGAGCAUUUGAUGGCUCACCACCACCGAUCUGCCAUUAUUUCGUCCUUUCAUGCCGUUCAGAAGCCUACGUCUGAGGCAGAAACAAGGGCUAUUUUCCGCGAGUGUUACUCGCAGGGUAAGGUACAGAUCGUGAAGGUGGUGGUCAAGGCGUAUUCCCCACAAGACGCGCUCAUGAUCGACCGUGUUGCCAAGGACUUUGCAAAUGCGUGGCAGCAAAUGCCAAUUAUUUCGCUGUGUACAACAGAGGCAGGCAAGCUGACCCGUGUUCUUAACCGCACCCUUACGCCGGUGACACACCCGCUUCUUCCUGUGGCCGCAGCGCCUGGACAGCUAUCUGUCGAGGAGAUUAUGACCCUUCGCAAACAGCUUGGACUUCUUCCAGUGCGCGAGUUCUUUUUGUUUGGAUCGCCGAUCGAGAAAUCACCGUCGCCUGCAAUGCACAACGCAGGGUUCGAGUCUGCGUCAUUGGCGUCACUCUUCACCUACGGACUGCACGAUACCAUGGACGUUUUAGAGAUUGUAAAGCGAAUGCAAGCACCCAAAACCAGCUUGGGUGGGGGCUCUGUCACGAUUCCACAUAAGGUGGCAAUCAUGGAGCACUUGGACGAGCUUUCACCAGCUGCACAGGCCAUCGGAGCUGUGAACACCAUUGUGCGUGAAGAUCGCAACGACUCGGUGUAUUGGAAGGGCGACAACACAGACUGGCUCGGCAUCUUACGUCCCAUCAGCAAGCGGCUGGCCACUCUACGCGUGAAGAAGCCUGCUCAUGAAUUAGUUGCACUUAUUGUUGGUGCUGGCGGCACUUCCAUGGCUGCAUCCUACGCAAUGCGCCAAUUAGGCGUUGGCAAGCUUUUUAUCUUCAAUCGAACGUUGGAGAAGGCCCAGAUCGUUGCUACGCGCUUUGACGCGGAAGCAUUGUCGGAGCUAACCCUCGAGAAGUUAGCUCAAGUGGAUGUGGUCGUAGGCACGAUCCCGGCACAGGCAAAUUUCCAGCUUCCCGAUUAUCUCGUGGCUCCACGCACCGACGGCAGCAAAGUUGUGGUGCUAGACGCAGCCUAUAUGCCUCCUAUCACGCCAAUGCUGGCACAUGCAGAAGCAGCAGGUGGUGCGUUGUGCAUUCAAGGCUACGAGAUGUUGUACGAACAGGGUAUCGAACAGUUUUAUCGUUGGCACAAGGCAACGCAAGUGUGGAGAGUAGAUGAGGAAGCGAUCAAGGAGGCAUGCCGUCAAUACGUGCCAGUCGACCAGCGACUCUCACAAGCCUGA